CACACGAUCCAGGAAAUGUUAAAAGAGUUUACAUAUUCCCUCUCCGCUUUCUUUUUCUUGGGAAUAUCCCACAUGCGUCGCUCACCUGUGCGCGUGUGAAUGGCUCCUAUGCAUUUACCCGCGCGCUCAUUUCCUACUUAAUUCAUAUGUUAACACGAGCAAUGAUGCGGGUCGUUAGCACCUCUACAAAGAUCUUUAUUUAGAGAUUUCCAUUGUUUUUGUACUUAUUUCACACGUAACAAAAUCAGCGCUGCUACGUCUGCAGAAACACUCAAGUGUAAGUCGUUUUUCCCCCAAACUGAAUUCUACUAAAGAAUUUUAUUAUAAAGUACAGUAGGCUAUUUAAAACUCUUCGCUUAAUCAUGCAGUAUUCGAGCACACAAUAAAUGACAAGAGAUUCCAUUAACUUAGCUGUAGACGUUUUCGUUCAGCAGCUUUCAAUAUAAUUGGCCUAAGAAAAGUUAAGUUUGCGUUUAGCGCGGGCGAAUGAAUGCACGUCAGCUCUGGAGAUGAUUUCAGUCACGCAGGCCGAUUUUCUCCCUUCCGCCACCGCUAAAUGGUCUAUGACGGACGAACAGAGGCGACGUUACUGUUGUUCCCUUUGUUGACAAAUCCAUGAAACAACUUCAGCUCGGCGGUAUAACAGCGCGACCUCUGACGUCGGAGGGUCACGUGACGCGGCUGAUAGUAUAUCUUUAAGUGAAAAGUAAUCUAUCAGACAGUCCUUAAAGCCUUCUUUUCAAAGCACGUGUCAUCUUGACUCCUCGGUCCAAAACCAGGCUUAAGUUUCGAGGAAAUACAGCGGAAAGGAGACAAGGUGUAAAGAAGCCUUUGGACUGGAGAAAUAUUUUCUAAAGUUGAAGUUUUCCUGGCAGGCCGGGACUGACCUGCAUUUAUAGCCGGUCGUCAUCUGAUCUGACCGCUGCUCUUACCUUGGUUUGCUCCAGCAGUAAAGUGAGCGGUGAUGACCCUGUCUGGAGGCACCAGUGCCAGCAACAUGUCCGGUCAGACCGUGCUCACAGCUGACGAUGUUGAUAUCGACGUGGUCGGGGAGGGCGACGAGGGGAUGGAGCGGGACAGUGACUGCGAGAGCCGGUGCAUGCAGGACCGGAGAGAUGAGGUGGAUGAGAUCGAGGUGAAGGAGCGCAGCGACAGUCCAUGCGAGAGCGCCGGCGAGGGAGAGUCCAGGGGGGGUGCUCAGGAGAGCUCCACCGGUCCCAUGCAAAGCAAGUCCAAGAACAGCCUGGUGAAGCCGCCCUACUCCUACAUCGCCCUCAUCACCAUGUCCAUCCUCCAGAGCCCGCAGAAAAAGUUGACUCUCAGCGGAAUCUGCGAGUUCAUCAGCAACCGCUUCCCUUACUACCGAGAGAAGUUCCCGGCCUGGCAAAACUCCAUUCGCCAUAACUUGUCCCUCAACGACUGCUUCAUCAAGAUCCCACGGGAACCGGGCAACCCGGGCAAAGGCAACUACUGGACCCUCGACCCCCAGUCGGAAGAUAUGUUCGACAACGGCAGCUUUCUGAGGAGGAGGAAACGCUUCAAGAGACACCAGCCAGACAUUCUCAGGGAGCAGACCGCCCUCAUGAUGCAGAGUUUUGGGGCGUACAGUAUUGGGAAUCCCUACGGACGCCACUACGGAUUUCACCCGGCCGCUUACUCGCACCCUGCAGCCGCUCUGCAGUACCCGUACAUUCCCCCGGUGGGUCCGAUGCUCCCUCCGGCGGUGCCUCUCUUGCCCUCCGCAGAACUGAACAGAAAAGCAUUUAACUCUCAACUAAGUCCAAGUCUCCAGUUACAACUGAACAGCCUGAGCACCGCGUCAAUCAUCAAAUCCGAGCCGUCCAGUCGACCAUCGUUCAGCAUAGAAAAUAUUAUCGGGGUCUCCAGCAGCUCCACGAGCGCACAGACUUUCCUGCGGCCGCCCGUGACGGUGCAGUCCGCCUUACUGAGCGCACAGUCUCUGUCCUCCUUAACCCGGACAUCAGCUGCCAUCACGCCAAUUCUCAGCGUCCCGUCAAAUAUCAUCUCCGGACAAUUUUUACCGACAGCGUCCACAGCAGCGAUAUCUAAAUGGCCUUCUCAAUGAUAAUCAAACUAUUUUUAGACAUAUAUUUUAAAGACGAUACAGCACGAACUAUAGGCAGCACUGGACAAUUCGUCCGCCCCAAUGUAGCCGUGUAAAGACUUUUGAGAAAAAAAUGAAAAUUCAUAAUCAAAAAGGAAUGCUUUCAGUACAGGUAAUGUUUGUAAAUAUUUGUACAAAUAAAUUAAUUUACAUGUUUUUCUUUCCUAUUUCAUUUCGUUGUUUAAACUUAUAGCUGAGUGAGCCUUAUU